AUGCUCCCGCACGUCCGACCAGCGAUUGAAACCGACAACCGACCAGUACCACAGCACACCGUGUCGUCGAAUGCAGCUAGACGAGGUGUGGCACCCUUCGCGUCUGCGACGAGUGCCUCAGCUAACCACGACGGCGUGAUUUCGCUAAUUCCGCAAGACAUCGAACUCGUCGAGUAUCCCGUCUCACGUACCACAAGGCCCCCACGCAGUCUACCCCAAGAGCACAGCCUACGAGGCCAUAAAACCCCUCCUCAGACCAACCGCGAUCCGUCCGGUCAUUCACAACAACACCCGGGAACAGGACUUCUUCGCAGGCUCAAACCAGUCAAACUCCGUUACUGGGUAGAGGCUCUUCGUCGCCGUUCAGCAAACGCCAAGGACCGCGAGUCAACCUCCAAGAUGAAGUUCUCUCACAGCAUUCAAUUCAACGCGGUUCCGGACUGGAGCGCGUAUUACAUCGCCUACAGCAAUCUCAAAAAACUGAUAUAUACUUUGGAACAACAAACCCAUCGAACUAAUGAGCAAGCCACCGACACGGAGUCCGCUCCUCUGCUUAACGACACGCAGAACCCCGACAAGGUAUUUCAGCAGGCUCUCGACGCGGAAUUGGACAAGAUAUGUUCUUUCUACCGGAAUAAGGAAGCGGAAAUUCUUGAAGAGGUCGAUGAUGUUAUGAGAGAUGCGGAAGAUUACACAGCCAAGGCCGACGGGGCCGACAUGAACCCGAUGCACGAGAGCAUGCACAAGGGGCGGAGAGUGAGCACGGGUUCUAUCCAAGGCCAAUCUGCCGAGUUUGGUCCAGGUAGACGCCAGAGUAUGGGAAGCGAACCAGCUGCCGAUGAUGACGAGGAUAGCGAUGACGAGCGACCUACCACACGCCCCAUGCUAGGCCAGUCACACACCUUCCACUUUGGUCCCUCUGAUGACGACCGUACUGAAGAUAUGAGGAGUUCAAUCUGGGCAGAAUCCAGGUAUGGUCCGUUCGUUCGGCGCGGCAGCCAGAACGAGCAACUCACCGAUCCCAAGCUCCUGGAUCUGUACAACGCCGCAGCUUCCCUCAAGAAACGGAUCGUUGCGGUCUAUGUCACUCUUUGCGGACUCAAGUCAUAUAUCCAGCUGAACAAGACUGGGUUCUCCAAGGCUUUGAAGAAGUACGACAAGAUCAUAUACCGCAAUCUCCGGCGAGACUACAUGAACUCCAAAGUGUCCCCCGCAUAUCCUUUCGUACCGCAGACCAUGGAGAAAGUCGAGGGUUAUAUUCAUCAGAUCGAGACUUUGUAUGCCGAGUUGAUAACAACCGGCGAUCUGACUCUGGCUAGGCGUGAGCUCCGUUUGCAUUUAAGAGAGCAUGUCGUAUGGGAGCGGAAUACCGUGUGGAGGGAGAUGAUUGGCAUUGAAAGGAAAGCUCAAGCUGCCAAUGUUGGUCUUCGUCAGACACUUCUUGGGGGGGAUGCGGACCCUGCAUCGGCGCGUCGACAGGGCGAUGAGCAGGCAGCCCAGAGCAAGCGGCUCCGGACACCUUUCGGGGUCAUCAGUGCUCCAACAUGGCUCUGGAGUGCAAACUUUGCGACCCUUGUCGUUGUACUAGCUGUCUUUGUGGUGCUGCUCUCGGUCCCGAUCAUGGAGAAGCCAGAGCAGCAGAACUGCCUGGCGAUGCUCGUUUUCGUGAGCUUGUUGUGGGCCACCGAAGUGAUCCCACUUUUCGUGACAUCGCUGCUUAUUCCGUUCCUCGUCGUAUUGCUCGGUAUAAUGAAGUCGGACCAGAAACCGUACAACCGCCUGGGGCCUAAAGAGGCCACAGGUGUUGUGUUUAGCGCCAUGUGGACCCCUGUGAUUAUGCUGCUUCUAGGCGGGUUUACUAUAGCGGCAGCGCUCUCCAAGUACGACAUUGCUCGGCGAAUGGCAUUGUUUGUACUGAGCAAAGCCGGUACUAAUCAUCGUGCUGUACUACUUACCAAUAUGUUCGUGAGCAUGUUUCUCAGCAUGUGGAUUAGUAAUGUAGCAUCCCCAGUUCUCUGCUACUCGAUUAUCCAGCCUCUGUUGCGUAACCUUUCUCCUGAUUCCAGCUUUGCCAAAGCAUUGGUUCUUGGAAUUGCUCUUGCUGCAAACGUCGGCGGCGCGGCGUCGCCAAUUGCUUCUCCGCAGAACAUCAUUGCUCUCCAGAACAUGUAUCCCAGUAUCAGUUGGGGUACUUGGUUCUUCAUCUCACUCCCAGUCUGCAUCAUCUCGAUUUUGUUGAUCUGGGUGCUACUUUUGGUUACGUUCCGUCCCGGCCGAGAUACCACCAUUGUACCCAUCCGGCCAUUGAAGGAUAAAUUCUCCGGUAUCCAGUACUUCAUUACUAUCGUCACUUUGACCACUAUUAGUUUGUGGUGUGGUAGUCAUCAGCUGGAGCAUAUUUUCGGAGACAUGGGUGUGAUUGCCAUCAUUCCCAUUGUUCUGUUUUUUGGAACCGGAAUUCUGAACAAGGAAGAUUUUAACAAUUUCCUCUGGACCAUCAUCAUUCUCGCUGCGGGUGGACUGUGCCUUGGAAAGGCUGUGACUUCUUCUGGGCUGCUGCAUACCCUCGCAGAAGACAUUCGGUCGCGGGUCGAGCACUUCAGUCUAUAUGGAGUGCUGAUCGUGUUUUCGGCGUUGAUCCUGGUCAUUGCCACGUUCAUCUCCCAUACUGUCGCAGCCUUGAUCAUCCUCCCUCUCGUUCGACAAAUCGGCCUUAGCAUGGACGACCCACACCCCAAUCUGCUGGUGAUGGCCAGCGCACUAAUGUGCUCGGUGGCCAUGGCUCUGCCUACGAGUGGCUUCCCCAAUAUGACCGCCAUUAUGACGGAAGUGCCGCAGACGGGCCAGCGAUACCUGCAAGUGCGGCACUUUUUCACGCGGGGCAUCCCCGCCAGUCUGAUGUCAUUUGCGGUGAUCGUCACGCUCGGAUACGGACUGAUGCGUGUCGCUGGAUUAUAG